AUGCUGACCGAUAAAGUCGAAGAUAAAACUGAAAGAUCUAUAGGAACUACUAAAGAUCAAACGAAAAAUGAAGAACCUUUGAUGAAUCAAACAGAUAGAAAAAGCGAGUUUAUGAAAAAUCAGACAGAAAGAGAACUUAUGAAAAAUCAGACAGAAAGAGAACUUAUAGAACUUAUGAAAGAUCCGACAGAAAAUGAACUUAUAAAAGGUCUGGCAGAAAAUGGACUCGCGAAUGAUCAAGCAAAAAGUGGACUCACGAAAGAAAAUCAAUUGACCUCAAAAUAUAAAGAUGUUUGGCCACAAGAAAAAUUCAUAGUUCAAACUGACCAACCAAAGAUUCAAGAACCUAUAUCACAAGGUCAAAUAACUAAACCUAAAAUCAAAAAAGUAAGAUUCGGUGAAAUAACAGAAUGUCAACUUGAUCAAGACUAUGUUCUUCAUAACUCUAAAGAAUUUCAACAAUGUGAAACUUUUCAAUCAUCCAGUUCUCAUGAAAAAAGUCAAAAUAAGAUUGAAAAAACAAUUGAUGUAACGUUGAGUCCUGAAAAAGCUACUAAAUUAUUCGGAAAAUUGGGUUUGGCUGAAGCUUGGGCAAAAUUUGUUUCACCAAAAUCACAAAAUAAAAAG